AUCCCUAAAACCCUUCAAUCUCUUCUUCCCGGGCAGAAUCUCCCCCGUUUCAACCAAAACUCUCGCCUCCCUCUCUACAGAUCAACGCCAAGAAGAAGAAGGAAAGUUGAAUGGGGAAAAUAACGUAUAAGAAACUGAAGGGAAGUCAAAACAUGAGGCAAAGGUUACUCUUAGCAACGUUGAAAUCAACUCCUAUUCUCAUUGAAGACAUCCACGCCGACGACACUUUACCUGGCCUCCGGCCACAUGAGAUUACCCUCCUCCAUCUUUUUGAAAACCUCACCGAUGACUGCGUCGUUGAAAUCAACGAAACCGGUACUAAAUUGAAGUACAAGCCUGGGAUAAUAGUUGGAGGUAGUAAUCUGGUGCAUGAUUGUGGUGUGAGUAGAGCAAUUGGGUAUUUUUUGGAGCCUUUGAUCUUGCUUGGAUUAUUUGCUAGGAAACCCCUAGCUAUAAUCCUCAAAGGGAUUACAAAUGAUUCUAAGGACCCAUCUGUCGAUACUUUCCGUUCCACUACCUUUCCCAUGUUGAAGCAUUUUGGGGUUCCUUCAGAAGGAUUAAAGUUGGAAAUAAAGAGUCGUGGGGUUUCACCUCAUGGUGGUGGUGAAGUUCAUUUGACAAUUCCUAAUGUUCAGCACCUAAGAGCAACCAUGUGGACUGAUGAAGGAAUGGUUAAGAGAAUCAGAGGGGAAGCUUUCACUACCAGAGUGAGUCCCCAGCUCGGAAAUGAGAUGAUAUAUGCUGCUCGUGGAAUUUUUAAUCGUUUGCUUCCUGAUGUUUAUAUCGCUAGUGAUUAUAGAAAGCGCUUAGAGGCCGGAUCUGGAAACUCACCGGGAUAUGGAAUUUCACUAGUUGCUGAAACUACUUCUGGUUGCUGCAUCUCUGCUGAUAUUACAAUUUCUUAUGGGGGAGAAGCAGAAGAUAUUGAAAGUGAGGACAAGAAAGAGCUGAUACCUGCAGCUGAUGUUGGUGAGAAAAUUGCUUCUGUGCUUCUUGAAGAGAUUGAGAAAGGUGGAGUGGUGGAUUCAACUCACCAGGGUUUGUUAUUCCUUCUUUGUGCACUUUGUCCGAAAGAUGUUUCAAAGGUUCGUGUGGGAAAAUUGUCACCAUAUGGAAUUGAAACGCUAAGGCAAAUCAAGGAUUUUCUAGAUGUUCAAUUUGUGAUCAAGCCAGAUCCAUCCACAGGGACGGUGAUCCUUAAAUGUUGGGGUUCUGGGAUGAAGAACCUUUCCAGAAAGACUACCUGAUGACAUUGUGUAGCCAUUAUAAUUCUGGUUCGGCUUCAUUUUCUCGCUCGAGAGCCAUGAAUACACUGAUUGCAGGGAAUAUGAUCUAGAAUCCAUAUCUUGCUA